CAUGAGUGAGCAUGAGCCUCACAGCACGCUUUGCUUUGCUUUGCUUUCAAGCUCUUUCUUUUUGCUUUCCCAUUUCCAUUCGCCCUUGUUUUUCUCUUUCACGUGUGCCCCCUCGUCUUCUCGAGGUGGGGUCGUCAGUCAAAGUUUUAAGGAUUGGAAUUUGGCCCUGUUUUAUACCUAUGCUCUACUCUUCUUCUCUUCUGGUCUUCUUCUCCUCAUACUUUACUCUUCCUCAAUACCUCUGUGUAUGACAUUAGUCCUUGUGGAUUGGAGGAAUUUGGCCUCACCCAUUGCCCCUCCUCUUCUUCCUGUUCCCCUCAGACCUUACUCUGCUUCAAUAUCUCUGUGUAUGCCACUAAUCCUUGUGGAUUGAAGGAAGAAUUUGGCCUUGUUUUAUAUGCUCAACCAUUCACCUUUCCUCAGACCUUACUCUUCUUCAAUACCUUCUGUGUAUGGCAUUAGUCCUUGUAGAUUGAAGGAGGAAUUUGGCCUUGUUCUAUAUGCUUACCCAUUGCCCCUCCCCUUCUUCCUCUGCUCGGGUUCUCAUCAGACCUUACUCUGCUUCAAUACCUCUGUGUAUAUGCCAUUAGUCUUUGUGGAUUGAAGGAGGAAUCUGGCCCUGUUUUAUAUGCUCUCUCAUUCCCCCUUCCCUUCUUCCUCUUUGGUCUUCUUCUCCUUAGACUUUACUCUGCUUCAAUACAUCUGUGUGCUUGCCAUUAGUCCUUGACGAUUGAAGGAGGAAUAAAUAUAGCAUGGAGGCGGGUGUAGGCGUAGGACCAAAUGGGGGAAACGAAGUGGGUCUGGGGGUGGGUAUAGGAGGGAUCAUUUCUGAAACGCAGAGGCCGCCUGUGCAGCUGGAUCUGCUUCCUUCGGCUCCUCCUCUUCGCGCCCUGCAUUCCCAUCUUAGCCUCUCCACAUGCUUUACGGAAUACGGCAAUGGCAAGUGCUGCGAUGGGGAGGUAAGAUCCUCGGUCUCUGUCUCUCCGAGGGGAUUUGAUGUGAACCGGAAACUUAAAUAUUCAACAGGCAUAGAUGACGAUGCUCAUGCCGUCGUCUCCUCGCCCAACAGUACUGUCUCUUCCUUUCAGAUGGGUAUGGAUUUCUCGGUUUACCAGGGGGGCAGGGGCAGAGGCAGGGGCAGGGGCAGUAUGAAGAGCAGCGAUGAGGAUGAGGCGGGCACUGCCCGGAAAAAGCUCCGGCUCUCCAAGGAGCAGUCGGCUUACCUUGAAGAGAGCUUUAAGGAGCACAAUACUCUCAAUCCGAAGCAGAAGCUUGCAUUGGCAAGGCAACUUAACCUCCGUCCACGCCAAGUGGAGGUCUGGUUUCAGAACCGGAGAGCAAGGACAAAGCUGAAGCAGACGGAAGUAGACUGUGAGUAUCUGAAGAGGUGCUGCGAAACCCUAACGGAGGAGAACCGGCGGAUGCAGAAAGAGAUACAAGAGCUCCGGGCCCUGAAAGUGGCACACCCCUUUUAUAUGCACCUGCCCACGACCACUCUAACCAUCUGCCCUUCCUGCGAGAGGGUAGCCACCACCACAACCACAACCACCAAUGACGAUGAAAACCACCCCAAAUCCUUCUCCUCCACCAUAGCCCAGCCCCAGCCCCGGUUCUACCCCUUCCCACAAUUUCCCCCUCCUCAAUAGCUCAUGAACUCCUCAGUUCUGUAUAGAAUUAUAUAUUCCAUGCUUAAUCACGCCUGUAAAUUUCCGCUAGCUUGGCCUUCACCAUUCAUCCCUCUUCAGAUGAGGUACAGAUCGGAAAAAAAAAGAAAGAGAAACUAAUUUGUUUUGGGGAAUUUUUUGAAUGUGAAUCGGAUCGACCCACUUCCGGACAUAAUACAAAGACCUGAUUCAAGAUUGACUUCACCUUAUCUUCUUCCUUUUUCAAACCGUGAUUGGUGGCGGAGAACGAGUUUGUGGGAAUUGAGUGAAUAUGCCGAUAAAUUAUGUGGAAGGAACACCCGCCGCCAUUGACCAAUUUGAAUGUCUUGAGGCAUACCUAUCUGUAAAUACUUUUUCUUUAACAAAAAAAAUGGUCCUUCCUCAUAGCUAGGUUGAAACUUGACCAGGAAGGCAAGAAAGAUUUGUGGGCCUUCCGAGCAAAAAUGUUUACUAAUUCUGAUCACAUGAGGGGAUUUUCAAAUUGACUUAUUAUAAUUGGAACUUGGGACGAUGGAGACACUUAAAACAGGCUGAUUUGAUAAAAAGUACAGAAUGCUUGAUUAAGAUUGUUAACAUGGUUGGACGGUGGAAAGCACUUUCAUGUUAUGCUCUCUUUUUUUAAUAACAAAUGUCCACAACUUCUUUCUAGCCAUACAGCUGAAAAGAU